CUCUCUCUCUCUCUCUCUCGCUUCUCGCCAUCAUCAUAUUUUCUCGCGAUCAGCUCCACCUUCCUUCCAUCUCCUUCUCUUAAUCACUCAACCGCAAGGAAAAAAAACCUCCCCAAGGGUAACAAGGCAACAUCAUGAGGAACUCAUUCACCCGCAGCAUCAUCACCUUCGCUGCCACCAUCGCAACUCUCAUCAGCUUAACCGCCACUACCGCCUCGGCUGCACAGGUCUAUGGAGUCCUCAAUGGCGCCGGCGAGAAUCCUCACCCUCGAGAUAUCUCAGGUAGGACGCGUGUUAUUCUCAGUGGCGGCCAGUACUCUGCCAUGAUCACAAAGGAUGGCAAGUUCGUCUUCCCUGACGUCGCUGCAGGAAGCUAUCUUCUGGAAGUUCAGAGUCCACAAUACAUCUACCCAACUGUCAAGGUGAUCGUCUCUGGAAAUGACUCGAAGGCAUAUCUCGUCAGUCUGGGAACCGACUGGUCCAACAACGACAACGUGCUCCAGAUCCCUCUCACAUUGAACCCUCGCGCUCCCGCCUCUUACUUUAUCCCCCGCGAAGGAUUCAAGCUGUCGCAUUUGUUCGCUAACCCCAUGAUGCUCAUGAUGGGCUUCAGUGUCUUGAUGCUCUUUAUCAUGCCCAAGCUGAUGGCCAACAUGGACUCCGAGGCGAUGGAGGAGAUGCAAGGGAUGCAGGAGGCCACUCAGAUGCCGAAUUUUGAAAUGCCUGAUAUUGCCGCCACACUCGCCAAAUUCUCAACCGGCGGCGGUAGCACCAGCUCUCAGCCUGCUAUUCAGGGAUCGUCAACAAAGAAGAGACAGUAGAACACAACACUGGUCGAUGCCUGUUGAGUUCAUGCACAUGUAGUAAAGGCUCAUUAAGAAUCAGUCAAUAGAGAAAACUAAACCUCCUUGUCAAUUUAC